AUGGUCGACGUUGGGGGUUAUUCAAGCCUUCCCUUGCGAAACUCCAAUGGUCAAGCUAGCUUAGCUCUCCCUCCUCCUCUUCCAUGGCUACUCACCAAUCUCGCCAUUUUGGCUAUAACGGACCUCCUGUCGUCGAAGGAUUGGGUCAAAACCAUCAUCAACCCGCCGCGACGAAUGUCAUAUGUCGUGAGAUCACGUCUUCCAGUUAAACGCCGAUUGAAGCUUGAUCCUUCAGCAAAACUCUACUUCCCUUGUGAGUUACUCGAAUCUCACCACCAUUGA